AUGUGCGCAGCGACCUUACCAACUCUUCAACGCGCAUACAGUAGACCAAUGCUUCCAUCCAAAUUUAUUGUACUUAGCUUAACGCUCACUGGAGUGAUUCGGUUUGUUAAGAUAGUUAAAGAGCGCUUGUCGGUAAAUAUUGGACUGUUAGUACUUUGUGUUUUAUUGCUGUCUUGCGGAAUAACUGAAUAUCUUCUUCUGAAAUAUGUCAACCUAUCUAUCUUCCUUAAUCUUUAUUUUCGCCGUAUUGACGCACUUUUCGACAAAUAA